CGGAAGAAGAUAGACCCGCGCAGCAUCCUCAAGCACGAGUACAGGACCACACGCGUGUUCCAGUUAGAACUGACGGUCACGAGAGAUUGAGAUAAAUGGGAGCCUCUAUCGGAGCAGGCGAUUGGCUCUCUAAAAGACAGAGUGUCCGAGCAGCAGCUCUUGAAUAACAAGGCCCAUAGUGUUGGUUUUCUACGUCAGCUGUACGGGAAGCCUCCGGGGAGUACGGAUACGAGUGUGCGGCUGGCACUCGUGCUCUCGCUGGUUGGACAUGGUCCGGGCCGAAAGUUUGUUACGUCAGCGAUAGAAACCAAUAAGAGGGAGCCACCGAAACACCUCGCCGCCUGUCCAAUCUGAGCAACGCGACGUACUUCGGUGGGUGGCGUAGAAAUUCCAGAGCUCUCGAGCCUUGCUCCGAGGAGAUCACCAGGCACUUGAUAAGCUAACCGUUAUCGGAUAGGCUAAACGCUGGCAUCACGGCUUCAGGAUGAUGUCGGAAGACCGCGCGAUUUGCCCAGUUUUUUUUUUCUUCUUUUGUCCGUCGUGGCGCUUCCUUGUAUCCACAAGCCCAGUAAAUGUCGUACGCUAUAUAUAUACAUAUAAGGUCGUGCGCCGACCACAUGCUAUCAACGUUUGCUGCUGUUUCUUGACCGGUGCGUGGAUUGUAGUUGUAUACAAAGGAUUUAAACCCUCCUAUUUUUGUGCGCCUUGCGAGGAGCGGUAUGAGUCUUCUGAAAGCGAACAGGCUGCAAAUCAAUGGCGGCCAAGCGGACACCCGAGACGUGAUGCACGACUACUGGGAGCACUUCAACCCCAGCCUGGAGAGCAUGAUGCUCGAUCCCAGGGCGCAGAUGCUCAACCGCGAAGAGAACGCCGAGAUCCUAUCGCACCUGCCCGACGUGUCUGGCAAGACGCUGGUCGAGCUUGGAGCCGGCAUCGGGCGGUUCACGGACAAACUGGCGGCACGUUGUGGUCACGUGACAGCGGUUGACUUCAUGGAGUCCUACGUGGAGCAAAACAGGAAGAGGAACGGACACCUGGACAACGUGUCCUUCCUGCACGGAGACGUGAUGACGCUGGAACGCCCACAACAAGGGGUGGACGUGGUGUUCAGCAACUGGCUCUACAUGUACCUGGACGAUGCCGAAUGUCUCACGCUCUUCGAAAAGAUUUUCGGCUGGCUCAGGGAAGGCGGACAUCUCUUCCUCAGGGAGUCCUGCUACAAACCUUCCGGCGAUGUCAAAAGGAACAGCAACCCAACCUUCUACCGAAGCCCUUCAGACUACUACAACAUGCUGAAGAAAGUUCGAUGUCAAUCUGAUGCAGAAGAGUACUUUCUGUUCGUCGAGAAGGUGGUCAACGUGAGAGCUUACAUCAAGCACAAGAACAACCCGGGCCAAGUGUGCUUCCUGGCGACCAAGAUGAGUAGCAGCCGCACGACGGACAACUACAACAGCUUCCAGGAGUUCCUGGACCAGAAGCAGUACAGCCAGCAAAGCGUGCGGCGCUACGAAUGGAUCUUUGGGGAGACCUUCCUCAGCAGCGGAGGACUCGAAACCGCCAAGGACAUCGUGGACAAGAUGAACCUCAAAGAGGGGGAUCGUGUCUUGGACGUUGGGUGCGGAGUUGGAGGACACGACUUCUACAUGGCGGAGAAAUACGGCGUCAAGAUCUUGGCAGUCGAUUUGUCCGUCAACAUGAUGUCCGUGGCCCUGGAGCACUUCACCAAGAGACCACAUCUCACCGACAAGAUUCACUUCGAGGUCCUGGAUGCGACGAGGGCCACUUUCGAGGAAGGCAGCUUCGACGUCAUCUACAGCAGAGACACGCUGCUUCACAUUGCUGACAAGCACACCCUUUUCAGCCGAUUCUAUAAAUGGUUAUCGCCCGGCGGAAAAGUGGUGUUCACCGACUACUGCCGAGGGGACCGAGACCAUUCUGACGAAUUUAAGGAGUAUGUGGCAGAAAGAGGCUACAAUCUACUCACUGUGCAGCAGUAUGGAUCCCUGAUGAAGGAAACUGGAUUUGUGAAGGUUCGAUCUGAGGACAUAUCUCAGGAGUUCCUUAGGGUCCUCAGGGUGGAGUUGGACAAACUAAACACACAAAAGGAUGACUUUCUGAAGAAGUUUUCUUCAGAAGACUACGAGUACCUGAAGCGAGGAUGGGAAGCAAAGAUCAGGCGUGUCUCCGACGGCGACCAAGUGUGGUGCCUCGGUUACGGAGAGAAGCCCCAGUAGAGCUUGUGUUUGGGCUCACUCAAGAUCAACACAGUUGCAGAAAAACGUGCAUAAUAAGCAUAGCAGCUUCUAAACAGUGGUUGUGACUACAAGCUCUAUCAUUCUCAAUGUGCCUACACAAAAAAUGUGAUAGCCAAUAGCUUCCAUGUGGCAUCUAAGGAACUCGCAUGUUUUGAGGUUCCUACCCACGGCAUAGAUUUGUCAAGCAAGGUGAAGUAAUAUAUAAAAGAAUUUCUCAUAGAGUAAAUGCCAAUUUUGGUUAAAAAAACACACUUAAUAAUGUUUGGUGCUUUUACUACACCUAGUGGCAUUAUAUUACAAUAAACGAUGUACAUUGUUGCAUGUUCAUGCAUGGUGCUCAGAAACAUGAAAUGAAUGCCUCGGCAUGAUUGCUUCUUUUUCAUACUCAGUAAAGAUAAGAUGGGAAAUGGCACAGACAGCGAUUUAUUCAGAAAAUAUUACAGGAUGUUUAAAUAAAACUCUUUGCCUCCCUUUA